AUGACUAGCACAUUCACGAACACCGCUAAAAAGAUAGUCUCGCUUCUGGAAAAAUACCCUGCCGACAAGGUGAAGCACUACGCGUCGUACAAGUUCUCGCAGAUCGAGCGGUUUUGUAAUAUCGGCUCGAUACCGAUCCCGAAAAAAAUUCUGGAGGAACAGGCCCUCGAGCAGAAGAAACAGCAGAAACUGAUCAAGAUCGACGUGAAGAAGCUGAAAAGAAUGAUUUUCGCCGACGAAAACGCCACUACCAACUACAAAAAGGAGCUGUUCGACGUGGAUAUCCUGAACCAGCAGUACAAGUCGCUGAAGAAUAUCGCAGACAACAAAUGGGCGGACUACUACAAAGUGGAUAAGAAACUGCUGGAGCCGAAGGGAAACCCCAACUACUACGCCAGACUGAUGAAAGACGUCAACCGUGGGGGACAAGAGCGCGAAAGCAUAUUCGAUGCUUUCCGUACUAUCAUCACAGGAAAGUACUAA